UCAUGACCAGUGUAGCUUUCUUAAAUGUCUGUAGCCUUAGGAGAAAAGUAGCAGAAAUUGAAGACUUUAUCUCAACCCGUGGAGUACACAUCCUAGGCGUUGCGGAAACUUGGCUGUCAGCCGAUGUAACAGACAGAGAAGUAAACAUUCCUCAUUUCAGUGUGUUCCGCAAAGAUCGGGAAGGCAGGCAAGGAGGCGGUGUUGCCUUCUACUGUCAUACGUCCUUGCAAGUCCGUCGAAGACGUGACCUCGAGUGUGAGCUGGAGAUGCUGUGGCUGGAGAUUCUAGCCCCAGGUCGACCAGGCAAUGAGACGGUCUUACUGGGCUGCUGCUAUCGACCACCUAGCGAAUCUGCGGGCUACUGGGAUGGGCUGGAGUCAAACCUAGAGACUGCCUGCAGUGGACCGCAGACCACAACUGUGCUAGUAGGAGACUUCAACGUAAACUUUAAUGAUGCCCAUGCUGUGACUCCUUUGCAUCAUGUACUCAACCAGUUUAACCUUCGCAACCACGUCACAUCUCCUACCCGAGUAACCAGCAGUACUGCCACACUACUGGAUCUAUUCUUGUCUACCACCCCGAUCCAGGGUGUUUGCGAGACCAUACAUUUGGAUAUCAGUGACCACUCUGCAAUACUUGCCAGGCUGCCAAUUUCAGCAAGUCACCACUUGAAGGGACAGCAUCUGCGCAAGACUCGCUGUUUGCACAAAGUGGAUUGGAAUAUGUUUACAUGUGACCUGGAGAAGACGCUAACUACCUGUGACUCUGUCUGUGUGGAUGUGCUUGCGUCGUCACUCACUGCGGGAAUCCAGACCACUCAAGACAAACAUGCUCCACUUCGGGAACGGCGCCGCAAAUCUCGACGUCCUUGCCCCUGGAUUACAGAUGAGUUAGUGGCAAGUGUUCGUGAACGGAACCGGGCGCAUCGUCUCUGGCUCCGAGACAAAACCGAUCAGAACCUUCAAGAAGCACACCGAUCAGCUCGCUCCAAAGCACGGAAGUUGGACAGGAGUCUGCGCAACUUGUACUUCACUAAGAGAUGUGAUACAUCAGAUCAACGGCAACUUUGGGCUGUCAUGAACGAUGUCACAGGCCGACAGAAGACACGGAAAGAACCUGAAGCGCCGCUUGAGUCACUCAGUAAAUUGUUUGGAGACAUUGUGCAUGACCCUAUGCGGCCACCUGAGCUGCAUAUACCACAUGGUCCAGCCUCUGCAUCUAGCUUCUCAACAUUUCAGCCGGAGUUCGCGGACGACAUCAUCCUAGAUUAUUCUGAUUCAGAUCUGGACACUGUUUGCAAGACGUUGACUACGGCUGUGACACGUCUGUCUGACUGGCUCUCCGAAAUUGGGCUUCUGCUGAAUACCGGCAAAACCCAAGUCAUGGUAAUUCAACCUCGGGGACUCACUGGCGACAUACCAGUCGUGAAAUGUAAGGAUCAAGCCUUAACUGUUACCUCCACUGCCAAAUACCUUGGCGUAACCAUUGAUGACCAGCUAUCCUGGCAGCCCCAUGUCUCCAGUGUUGUGCAGAAGGCGUCAGUCGCCAUCAGCCAGCUAUGGCGCCAUGGGCGAUCUCUGCCCAUAAGAGCCCGCAGACUUUGGUACAUUGGCAUUGUGCAAGCACGACUAACGUACGCAUCCAAUGCAUUCUUCCCGUCGCUGACACAGCAGCUGCAGAGUCGUUUAAUCAAAUCCAGCAAAUCCGGAAUUCGUGCAAUUUUCCGACUCUCCAGCCGUGCAUCCACAGCCCCCCUCCUCGUGCGCUUAUCUAUUCGAUCCCUAACUCACAUUUUUAACUACAAGGUUUUAUUUUUUGUUUUCCGUUGCCUACAUGAUCUUGCAAGUCCUCUUUUCUGCACCUACUUUCAGUUGAUGGCUAACACAGGCCAAGCAUCCCGGGAUGAUCGCCGAAUUACUCGAGGACAGGAGCAGCGGCUACUGCAAGUGCCUUUCCUUCCUGGACCUUCCGGUCGUCAGUCAUUGACAUUUGUGGGAAGCACUCUUUGGAAUUCCCUUCCCAGCGAUAUUCGCCUCCACAGUGCGGCGGUUGCCUUUAAACUGGCUCUGAACAGAAUUAAUAAUUUGUAACCACCUUGCUCGGCAUCCCUACACAUUACUGCAUGUUUUCUCGGUGUUUUCUUCACUGCAUGCUUACACAUACACACACCCAUUUGAAUUAUAUACAAACUUUGUGCUUUGGAAUUAUCAUGAUUGUUAUGAUUCUUUUUAAUAUUUCCUUCUCUCAUAAUAUUAUAUUCAUUCUUAGCAGAAACCGGAGGUUUUUCCUCUGGUGAGAAGGCAGAAUUGCCUGUGCUCUAAACGAA